AUGUAUGUUUAUAGAAGCAGUAAAUCUGUGAAAAGGGAAGGAAACAAUCAUUCACUCAUCUGAAACUUCCUGUUUCAUUUCAGGGACUUUCUGCCACGUGGAUCUGGCAUCGUAACCAGACGCCCGCUGGUCCUGCAGCUGGUCAACGCCAGCACAGAAUAUGGUGAGUUCCUACACUGCAAGGGAAAGAAAUUCACUGAUUUUGAGGAGGUCCGUUUGGAGAUUGAGGCUGAAACGGAUCGUGUUACUGGCUCCAACAAAGGGAUUUCCCCUGUGCCCAUCAAUCUUCGAGUCUACUCUCCCCAUGUCCUGAACCUGACCUUGGUGGAUCUACCCGGGAUGACAAAAGUCCCAGUGGGGGACCAGCCUCCUGACAUCGAGUUUCAGAUCCGAGAUAUGCUCAUGCAGUUUGUCACCAAAGAGAAUUGCCUCAUCCUGGCAGUGUCCCCAGCCAACUCUGAUUUGGCCAAUUCUGAUGCCCUGAAGGUUGCAAAGGAGGUGGAUCCUCAAGGGCAACGCACUAUUGGAGUCAUCACUAAGCUGGAUCUUAUGGAUGAAGGAACUGAUGCACGAGAUGUAUUAGAAAAUAAAUUACUUCCUCUUCGUAGAGGUUACAUUGGUGUAGUCAACAGAAGUCAGAAGGACAUUGAUGGCAAGAAGGACAUUCAAGCAGCUCUGGCUGCAGAGAGGAAAUUCUUUCUCUCCCACCCAGCUUACAGACACAUGGCUGAUCGCAUGGGAACCCCCUACCUGCAGAAAGUGUUGAACCAGCAACUGACCAACCACAUCCGUGAUACCCUGCCAGGGCUACGCAACAAGCUCCAAAGUCAGCUUCUCUCUAUUGAGAAGGAGGUGGAGGAGUACAAGAACUUUCGCCCUGAUGACCCAGCUCGCAAGACCAAAGCUCUGCUUCAGAUGGUCCAGCAGUUUGCUGUGGACUUUGAGAAACGCAUUGAAGGCUCUGGAGACCAAAUUGAUACCUAUGAGCUGUCAGGAGGAGCUAGGAUUAACCGCAUCUUCCAUGAACGUUUCCCAUUUGAACUGGUUAAGAUGGAGUUUGAUGAGAAGGAGCUGCGACGGGAGAUUAGCUAUGCCAUCAAGAACAUCCAUGGUAUCAGAACCGGUCUCUUCACGCCCGACAUGGCCUUUGAGACCAUUGUGAAAAAGCAGGUGAAGAAGAUUAAAGAACCUUGCCUGAAAUGCGUGGACAUGGUCAUUUCGGAAUUAAUCAAUACCGUUAGACAGUGCACCAAGAAGCUCAGCCAGUACCCUCAUCUGCGUGAGGAGAUGGAGAGGAUUGUUACUACUCACAUCCGUGAGAGAGAAGGCAGGACCAAAGAUCAGGUCAUGCUUCUAAUAGACAUCGAGCUGGCUUACAUGAACACAAACCAUGAGGAUUUCAUUGGCUUUGCCAAUGCUCAGCAGAGGAGCAGCCAGAUGAGCAAGAAGAAAGCAGCUGGCAACCAG